AUGUUUGGCACUUUCUUCAACGGCCUCAACCUUUUCGUUGACCUCGGCGCCACCGUCCGCGCCCCAGGCCAACAGAGAAAGGUCGACGUCCAGCUUCUACCCGAGGAACAAGACGAGCUGGUGCGACCCGAGGAACAAGACGAGAUGCCCAAGGCGAACUACUAUGCCGUCGCAGUGGGGCGUAAUACUGGCAUCUACGGCACAUGGGCAGAGUGUCAGGCGCAGGUGAGCGGCGUGAGCGGCGCCAAGUUCAAAAAGUUCGGCAAGCAGAAGGAAGCGCAGUCGUUUAUUGAGAAGCACGGCUGCGCCAUCAGGAACACUGACCGUCAACGGAACGCUCCCGAUGCCAACAUCGACACCGUCAUCCGUGGCGUACCGCUGCUCAAGCCCAAUCCCGAUCCUAUACAGGGUGGACGGGAUCCGGUCAACAAAAAGGGGAGAACGCGAAGCAGCUCACCAUUGGCACAGAUUGCCUCCCUCGACCGUCUACCGGACGACCUUGCCGAGUUGAGCAAGAAGGGCUGGAUGUUCACCGCCACCGACCCACCACGACUUGUCGUGUACACGGACGGCUCGGGACUGGCAAACGGCACGAAGAGGGCUGUGGCUGGCGCCGGUGUGUACUGGGGUGAAGGAGAGGCCGAGAAGUACAACUUAUCGGAGCGCGUCCCGGGCAAGUUGCAGACGAACAACCGAGGCGAGCUACUAUCCAUCAUUCGCGCGCUCGAGGAAUGCCCGUUCCCACAACUCACAUUGGAGAUCCGCACCGACUCGCAGUACUCGAUCCAAGCCAUGACACUCUACCUGCCCAACUGGAUCAGAAAUGGAUGGAGGACCCAAUCCGGGCCGGUCAAGAACGCCGACAUGAUCCGCCACCUACUUGUCCUCCUCCGCCGACGAGCGGCUGCUGUGCGUUUCAAACACGUCCGCGGUCACAGUGGUCACGCUGGAAACGACUGCGCCGACGAGCUCGCACGCAAGGGAGCGAUCAUGCCCCCGCUAGCGGAUCGUACUGACUGGCUUGAUCCCGAUUUCGAGUCGAUCGACGUCGCAAACGAGGAGCCGGUCAAUGUCGCGGUCGACAUCGACCCGGACUGGCUGAUGAGUGCCGCGGAGAUGGCAGCGUUGGAGCGCUCCCUCUCCGAUCCCGACGAGUAG